GAAAAAAUGGCCAAAAUGGAGGUCAAGACAUCACUUUUGGACAACAUGAUAGGGGUGGGAGAUAUGGUUCUUCUGGAGCCGCUUAAUGAGGAUUCAUUCAUCAAUAAUCUGAAAAAACGCUUUGAUCACAAUGAAGUAUAUACAUACAUUGGCAGCGUGGUGAUAUCAAUAAACCCCUACAGAUCUCUACCCAUUUAUUCUCCAGAGAAAGUUGAAGAAUACAGAAACCGAAACUUUUAUGAGCUCAGUCCUCACAUCUUUGCUCUGUCAGAUGAAGCUUACAGGUCUUUAAGGGACCAGGACAAAGACCAGUGUAUCCUUAUUACAGGAGAGAGUGGAGCUGGAAAAACAGAGGCCAGCAAACUUGUCAUGUCAUACGUAGCUGCAGUUUGUGGAAAAGGGGCAGAGGUCAAUCAAGUGAAAGAACAGCUUUUACAGUCCAAUCCAGUGCUUGAAGCUUUUGGAAAUGCCAAAACUGUAAGGAAUGACAACUCCUCUAGAUUUGGAAAAUACAUGGAUAUUGAGUUUGAUUUUAAAGGUGAUCCACUUGGAGGAGUUAUAAGCAAUUAUCUGUUAGAGAAGUCUCGUGUUGUUAAGCAGCCAAGAGGUGAAAGAAACUUUCAUAUUUUCUAUCAGAUACUGUCUGGUGCAUCAGAAGACUUCCUCUGCAAACUUAAAUUGGAGCGGGACUUCAGCCGAUACAACUACCUUGGGCUCGACUCUGCCCGAGUAAAUGGAGUGGAUGAUGCUGCAAACUUCAGAACAGUGAGGAAUGCCAUGCAAAUUGUUGGUUUUAUGGAUCAUGAAACACAGUCUAUUUUUGAAGUGGUGGCAGCAGUUCUAAAACUGGGAAAUAUUGAAUUUAAACCUGAAUCUCGAGUGAAUGGCUUAGAUGAAAGUAAAAUCAAAGAUAAAAAUGAACUCAAGGAAAUCUGUGAGCUGACAGGUAUAGACCAGUCAGUACUGGAAAGAGCUUUCAGCUUCCGGACCGUUGAAGCUAAACAAGAAAAGGUUUCCACAACGCUAAAUGUGGCUCAGGCUUAUUAUGCUCGUGAUGCUUUGGCUAAGAAUUUGUACAGUCGACUGUUUUCUUGGCUGGUGACCAGAAUCAAUGAAAGCAUUAAGGCACAAACAAAAGUGAGAAAGAAGGUAAUGGGGGUACUAGACAUCUAUGGCUUUGAAAUUUUUGAGAGUGCAGACAACAGCUUUGAGCAAUUCAUUAUCAACUACUGCAAUGAGAAGUUGCAGCAGAUCUUCAUUGAACUUACCCUCAAAGAAGAGCAGGAGGAAUACAUCCGAGAGGGAAUUGAAUGGACUCACAUUGAGUAUUUCAACAAUGCUAUAAUUUGUGACCUAAUAGAAAAUAACCAAACUGGAAUCCUGGCCAUGCUCGAUGAAGAGUGCCUGAGACCAGGGACUGUUACUGAUGAGACCUUUCUAGAAAAACUGAACCAAGUCUGUGCCACUCACCAGCAUUUUGAGAGCAGGAUGAGCAAGUGCUCGCGUUUCCUCAAUGACACCUCUUUGCCUCACAGCUGCUUUCGGAUUCAGCAUUAUGCCGGCAAGGUUAUGUACCAGGUGGAAGGAUUUGUUGACAAAAACAAUGAUCUUCUGUACCGUGACCUCUCCCAAGCCAUGUGGAAGGCCAGUCACUCUCUUAUUAAAGCCUUAUUCCCAGAAGGAAACCCUGCUAAGAUCAAUUUAAAGAGACCACCAACAGCAGGUUCACAAUUCAAGGCUUCUGUCGCUACCCUGAUGAAAAAUCUUCAGACAAAAAAUCCAAACUACAUUAGGUGCAUCAAACCCAAUGACAAAAAGGCUGCCCAUGUUUUCAAUGAUGCCCUAGUGUGCCACCAGAUUCGUUACCUCGGUCUCCUGGAGAAUGUCCGCGUCCGAAGGGCGGGUUAUGCGUUUAGGCAAGCUUACGAGCCUUGCCUGGAAAGGUACAAGAUGUUGUGUAAGCAGACAUGGCCCCAUUGGAGAGGACCAGCCAGGGCUGGUGUAGAGGUACUGUUUAAUGAAUUGGAAAUCCCUGAAGAAGAAUUUUCGUUUGGUAGAUCAAAGAUAUUCAUCCGCAACCCAAGAACACUCUUCAAACUAGAAGAUCUGAGAAAGCAGCGGUUGGAGGACUUGGCCACUCUAAUUCAGAAGAUUUAUAGAGGUUGGAAGUGCCGCACACGCUUCUUGUUAAUGAAAAAAAGCCAGAUUGUGAUUGCCUCCUGGUACAGGAGAUAUGCACAACAGAAAAAGUACCAGAAGAUAAAGAGUUCAGCUAUUAUAGUACAGUCAUACAUCAGAGGGUGGAAGGCUCGGAAACUUCUUCGAGAACUUAAGCAUCAGAAGCGUUGUAAUGAGGCUGCCACAACAAUUGCUGCAUAUUGGCAUGGUACCCAGGCGCGAAGGGAACUGAGACGACUGAAGGAGGAGGCUAGAAAUAAACAUGCUAUUGCUGUUAUUUGGGCUUACUGGCUUGGAUAUAAGGCUCGAAGGGAAUUGAAACGCUUGAAGGAGGAGGCUAGGCGCAAGCAUGCUGUUGCAGUCAUUUGGGCUUACUGGCUUGGACUGAAGGUCCGCAGGGAGUACAGGAAAUUCUUCAGAGCCAAUGCUGGAAGAAAAAUUUAUGAAUUUAUCCUUCAGAGAAUUAUGCAAAAAUACUUCUUGGAAAUGAAGAGUAAGAUGCCUUCUUUAUCACCAAUAGAUAAGAACUGGCCAGCAAGACCUUACCUUUUCUUGGAUUCAACUCACAAGGAACUAAAGAGGAUUUUCCAUUUGUGGAGGUGUAAAAAGUACAGAGACCAGUUCACAGAUCAACAGAAGCUUAUAUAUGAAGAAAAACUGGAAGCAAGUGAACUUUUCAAGGAUAAAAAGGCUUUAUAUCCAGCCAGCGUUGGGCAGCCGUUCCAAGGGGCUUAUCUGGAAAUCAGCAAGAACCCCAAGUACAAAAAACUUAAAGAUGCUGUGGAUGAGAAGAUCAUUAUUGCUGAGGUUGUGAAUAAAAUCAAUAGAGCUAACGGGAAGGCUGCAUCUAGGAUUUUCUUACUAACCAAAAAUAACGUUCUCCUUGCGGAUCAAAAGUCUGGAAAUAUCAAGUCAGAGGUUCCACUGGGAGAUGUUACUAAAGUGUCCAUGAGCUCCCAAAAUGAUGGUUUCUUUGCAGUGCACCUCAAGGAGGGUUCAGGAGCAGCUAGUAAAGGGGAUUUCCUGUUCAGCAGCGAUCAUCUUAUUGAAAUGGCCACUAAACUCUACCGCACUACUCUCAGCCAAACCAAACAGAAGCUCAACAUUGAGAUUUCUGAUGAGUUUCUGGUCCAGUUCAGACAAGAUAAAGUGUGUGUGAAGUUCAUACAAGGCAGCCAGAAAAAUGGCAACAUCCCAACUUGCAAACGAAAAAACAAUCGGCUUCUUGAAGUGGCUGUCCCUUAACUGCAGCUGGUCGCUCUCUCUCUCAUGGACUUGUUUCUUUGUAAUAGUGCAAUUUUGGAUGUUUGGUUUUUCUGGUUUUAUCCCUUUCUGAAGCUGCCAGUGGCUAAUAGCUUUAGAAACCCUUGAGAAAAAUAUUUGAUCAAUUGACUUUUUAAUCUUUUCUUUCAUGCUGUAGUUUUAACCCACGAAAUGCAUAUUUUUGCCCAGUGAGACAUUUUUACCAGAAGUAUCUGUUAUACAUGAAACAUUCUCUUUGUUUAGUGGCCAUAUUUUAGUGCAGCAUACCAUAAAAUCACAUAUUAAUGACAAAUUACUCAUAUUCCUUAGACUAGAGAUCUGCUUAACAGAAACUAUAAAGGAUCUUGAUGUUUAUUGGUAACUUGUGCCCAUUGUCUUUUUAUACCAACCUGUGCUGGUCUUCUACAGGGUUCCCUGUUUGCCACCAUUGGAGAGACUGGCAGGACUGAGACUGAAGCACUAACUUUAAUAUUGAACACUAGGAUGUAUGUAACUUGAUCUUUUCGCAAAUACAGCACAGGAACAUCGAAUUUUGCAAAACAGAAGGAAGGAAUGUAUGAUUAUACAAGCAGUUAUGUGCAUAAUUUUUUAGUAAAAAUGCAGAAAUUUUGAAACAGGAUUUUUAAUUAGGUCAAAUAUUUUUAAUGACUUUAUACAGUAGAAAACAGUGAAAUUAAAGAGGCUUGUUUCUUUCACAAGAAGUAUGUAGUUCAAGGCAUAUUUUAUGUUCUGCUUUUUUCCUUAAAUUAUCAGGUCAAAUUAGAUCCUGAAAAAUGCCGUAGUAUUCGUAACGCAAGUAAUUGCUAGGUAUUUAAACUGUUAGUUAUCAAGUGGAGGGUUUGAGCCUUUUAGAUAUUGGCAUGUACAAUGUGCAAUAAAACAUACAUGACAUUUUGUGAAAAAUUAUUUAUAAUACAUUUUUGUGUACAAGAGAGGAUUGGUGCAGCCUGCAUAGACAAUUUAAAAUAGGUUUAUAUUGUUAAUUUGCAGUUUUUUUUUAGAAUGUACACUACAGUUGUCAAUCUGGGAAGAAUACUGAGAAUUAAAAAUUUCUUCAUUUAGGGGUCUGUAUAUAAAUUGGUAUUAUGGUAAUAAAACUGUUCUAAUUCUGUGCUGUUUGGUACCCCUAUGUUAUAACCAUAUUUUUGUAUUCCAAAUUAUUUUGUAGAAGUUGUGUGCCUGAUGUAAAUGUGUGCACAGAAAAUACAAUCAAGAACUGCAUUAUAAGCUGUCAGUGUAACUGAUGCACUUAAUCUUUUAUAAACCAGAAGCGUUAGCUGAAAUCCUUAAGGGGAGCUGAUUUUUUUAGGUAGAAAUAGCUACUCAAGUGAAGGCUUUGUUGAAUGUGACUGAUGUGUUGACGCAAGGACAGUUGAGAAGGCAUUGUAUUUUUGCAGUCUGAUACAGGAUAGAUUAAGAACCUGGGUAUCCAUUGCGCAGUGCUGAAAGUCCAAGCAUAAAUAAAGUAAAGAUAAAGAAAAGUUCACAGUCUUGUUAAUCUCUUGCUGGUAAAGGUACGUAGUACCCCUGGCUGCGAAGGUUCCCGUGGGCCGUUCAGCUGCAGUGUUGGCUCUCUGCGAUAGACGUGUGUUCGUUGCGACAGACGCCGUAGAGCUAACGGCGGCCUCCUUGCCAGUCUGAAAACAAAGCUGUUUUGAGUUUUUAUCACAUUUUGGUUUGGGAUUAAGAUUUUGCUAUGAUUUGGGUACCAAACAAUUGUUUUAACUGGUUUCUUAAUGUUGCUGUUAAAAGUUUAUGCGUGUGACCUUGAAAGGUGGGAGUAGUCAAAAAAUGUAAUUUCCAAACAAUGAUAAAACGUUUACCUCUUCGUUAUGAUCUUAGUUUGAACCCUUCUUUCAAUAAUUUUUUUAGAUUAAUAGUUUAGUAAAAUUAAAGCAUUUUAAAUGUAUUUAAUUAGAGAUGCUUACGAAGAAAACCUUAGUUUCAAUUUAUAAUGCAAAAUUAGGAUACUUAAAAUUAUUGCCUUAAGAAUGCAGCACGUAGUAACAUGGUAUUUAAAACUGUGUUCUUCCCAAAGCUCGUAUUGCAAUUCCUGCUUGGUAAAAGACUGGACACAAAGUUUGCAAAGCUGUGCAGGAUCUUGAAAACCUUACAGUAAGAACCACAAGGGGCAAUUUUUUAAAGGGAAGCAAAAGUAAGGGAAACAGACGUCUGAAGUCUGAUGUAAUCCUGUAGUUUUUUGUAGGUAGGAAAUUGGAGGGUUUAGAUGAAAUACUUUUGGGAUAUUUGACCCUUUUAUUCUUUUGAUCUUUGCAGCAAGUCAUGAUAAAAAAAAAAUUAAUUAUAUUCUGUAUCUGUUUUUAAAAUAGCCAUACUAACAUAACACUGGAAGGGUGGGAAAUUCUUCACUUUGAUUUCAGUUGUGCCAUUUCUUUUCAGGAUUUAACCUGCAUAUUAGCUCAUGCUUUGCGGUAAUUACCUUUUGACACUUAAAUAAUUCUCUAUGUACAGAGUUAAGUUUUGCUGAAUAUAAAUUAUUCAGAUAUGCUAGUUGAGUCAUGCUAUUUUGAUGUUUAGAUUUAAGUAUCUAGGAUGUUGAAAUAAAAAUGCAAGAUCAG